CCCAUGGCGGCGUCGGAGAAGGUCCUGCGGGAGGGGGUGCUGGAGAAGCGCAGCGGAGGGCUGCUGCAGCUCUGGAAGAAAAAGCGCUGCCUGCUCAGCGAGAAGGGGCUGCGGCUCUUCGAGGCCGGCAGCCGGGGCUCCACGCGCUGCAAGGAGUUCGCCUUCGCGCACGUCAAAGCCGUCGAGUGCGUGGAGUGGAAGCAGCGGCACAUCUACUUCACGGUGGUGACGGACGACGGCGCCGAGAUCGACUUUCGCUGCCCCCAGGAAGACCCCAGCUGGAACGCCGACAUCACUCUGGCGCUGGUGCGCUUCCAGAACCAGCAAGCGGUGCAGAUCGUGCGCGCCAGGCACAGCUGCAGGGCGGCAUUUCAACAAGGGUCAACUCCAACCAGCCAGAUUCUGGUGAAUGGGUCUAAGAAAUCUGACUCUCAGCUCAACAUGGAGAGGGUGGAGGAAUUUAUAGCUGUGACUUCUUCACCUGCUAGUGGACAAAAGGCAAUUUCUAGCUGCAACUGAAUGAAGACCUCAACCUUCUUUGAUGCGGCGUCUCUGCUGCGAAAUGAGAAAAUGCCUGGUUAAGCCAGCCAAAUAUGGAUCACAACAAUGGUUAGAAACAGCUUUUGUUUUUCUCCUCUGUUUUUUCUAUGAUACUUAAGAACGUGGUCUGCAGAUAAGGCAGUGAGAAAGUUUCCUAUUGGACUGACAGUUUGCUUUCUACUGUCAUUAGUCUUACCUACAGCGAUGGACAACUACUGUGAUUCAGGAGAAAGUUGCAGCAACUAUGACAAAAAGGAAUCAUUCCAUCACUUAGUGUGUGACCCAGCCUGAUGCAGAGUGAACAGUGCCGGAAUAGAUUGAACUUGCAAGUGAGGAACAUAUUUGCUAUUGAAUCUGAGCAUGUUAGAUAUGCUAUGGCAGUAAUUUCAUGGUUAAAAAAGCAGAGAACAUCUGCCUUCAGUUAAUCAAGUGGCUCAUAUGGAAGGUGCAAUUGUGAGCCUGCCACUCUGACCUAAAAAGUCACAGGUUAUCAGGAAGAUGCUGCUGGAGUAGAUGCAGAGAAUUAAUAUAUAUA